CCCUUUAACUUCAAAAAAAUCCAACCACAAAGACGAAACUUCGACUUUGUGUGGUCUAAACGAUGAGAAUUCAGCUACAAAAAGCCCUUUAACUUCAAAAAAAUCCAACUACAAGGACAGAACUUCGACUUUGUUUGGUCUUAACAAUGAGAAUUCAACUACAAGAAUGGAACUUCGACUUUGUGUAGUCUAA